AUGCGACUAUUCGACAUUCCUUCCCUGGGCCUACCGUUAGGGCUGGCGCUGUCAACUGUUGUACAUGCAAAUGGAGAACGCAGCUUAAAUGUUUGCACUGUUAAAUCCAAUGGGAACCAAAGAGAUGAUGUUCCUAAUAUCCUAGAAGCCUUCCAUCAGUGUGGCAAUGGUGGUACGAUUAUCUUUCCAGAGGACCAAGCCUACUGGAUCGGUACUCGGUUAAAUCCCGUUGUGAAAAAUGUAGUUAUUGAAUGGCGCGGAAAAUGGACCUUCUCUGACGAUUUGGAUUACUGGCGCAAUAAUUCAUACCCAGUUGCUUUUCAAAACCAUGCCGCUGGUUUCAUUAUCACGGGUCACAAUAUCACGAUUGAUGGAUAUGGCACUGGUGGUAUCGAUGGCAAUGGGAACGUGUGGUACACGGCCGAGAAAGGCGACACACAGCCCGGCAGACCGAUGCCUUUUGUAUUUUGGAAUGUAUCCGAUGUCAGUGUCGAAAAUUUCUACAUCAAAGAUCCCCAGUUGUGGAGCAUAAAUAUCAUGAACGGAACCAACAUGCGCUUCGAUAACAUCUACUGUAAUGCGACUGCGGUAGAUGCACCAUACGGCGAGAAUUGGGUCCAGAAUACAGACGGAUUUGACACAAUGGAUGCGCAGAAUAUCCAACUCAGCAAUUUUGUCUACCAAGGCGGUGAUGACUGUGUGGCCAUCAAACCGCGAUCGUAUGAUAUCGAUAUACACAAUGUCACCUGUCGUGGUGGAAAUGGAAUUGCUAUAGGCAGUCUGGGCCAAUAUCAGGAAGACUCCAGCGUCGCUAAUAUCCGCAUCGAUGAAGUCAAGGUAAUCCGAUACAACGAGGACAUGCACAACAGCGCAUAUAUCAAAACGUGGGUCGGCGCACUUGUACCACAGAGCUCGUAUGAGAGUGCUGGACUCGCUCGCGGCGGUGGCUGGGGCAGCAUUCGGAAUGUGUUGCUCUCAAACUUUGAAGUCCAUGGAGCCAACAGCGGACCUGCUAUCACGCAGGAUAGUGGAAAUAAUGGCUCGUAUUCGGGCACGAGUUUGAUGAGUAUUUCCAAUGUGGCAUUUGUAAAUUUCACGGGUUAUAUUGAAAGCACUUCGAUGAAGGUGGCAUCUGUUUCAUGUUCAAAUGUGCAUCCGUGCUACAAUAUCGAUUUCGAUAACGUGGUGCUAUAUCCACAGGAGAAUGCGACGACGCCAGGCGUUGGGUCGUGCAAGUAUAUAAUGGAAGGAGGGGAAACAAUUCGAUCUGCCUUUGAAGGCCGUGAGCGCCCACUUCUUUCCUAUGGCAUCGCCUUUCCCGCGGCUACAGCACGCCAUCUCAAUGACACAUUCCAGGCUUCCCGUGUGUAUGUGAUCUGCUCAGGCUCAUUAGCACGAAAUACAGAUGCAAUGAAUCAGAUGGAGACUGCUCUGGGGCCGGACAAGCUGGUUGGUCAUUGGAUCGGUAUGCGGAGCCACACUUUGUGGUCAGAGGUGCUGCAGAUUGCCGAAGAGGUUAGGACAGUGCAUGCUGAUCUGCUCUUGACCGUUGGAGCUGGUAGCUUGACUGAUGGUGCCAAGAUCAUUGCAUUAAUCCUUGCAAAUGAAGUCAGCACACCGGAAGAGCUUGAAACCCUUGCAGAAGGUCCCAGAAAGCGACUAGAAAUCAAAGCAUCGACUCUCCCGAUCAUUUCCGUGCCAACAUCCCUCUCCGCCGGCGAAUACUCCAACUUUGCAGGCGGCACGGAGGACCGCUCAAAGCGUAAAUACAGCUUCCAACAUCCAACUCGUGGACCCGAGCUAGUUAUUCUCGACCCGGAGCUGGCGAAAACGACUCCCGAUUCAAUAUGGCUCAGUACAGGUGUGCGCGCAAUUGAUCAUUGUAUUGAAAAUCUGUGUUCAACGUCAGGAACGACCACGACAUCAGACAAAAUGGCUCUGAGUGCGCUGGGAUUGUUGGUCCCUGGUCUCUUGCGCUGUAAGAAGGACAGAUCAGACCGUGAUGCGCACCUACAGUGCCAACUUGGAUCAGUGGAUGCUAUGGCAGCCUGUACUAGCGGGUCAAUUGAAUUAGGUGCUAGUCAUGGGAUUGGACAUCAGCUUGGCCCACUAGGUGUCGGCCACGGUGAGACCAGUUGUAUCUUGCUCCCCGCCGUGUGUAAGUUCAAUGCUAAAUACAACGCCAACCGCGAAAAACAAGCUAGCGUGCGUCAAUUUCUAAUUCAAGAUUCGGUCGUUUCGGAGGUGCUACGUGCCCGCUCGGUCAACGUGGAGGCAUCUGACCUGGGUGACAUUUUGGAUGCUAUCAUCCGCGAAUUGGUCUACAUGACCGGUGGUGCAAGACAAACCCAGUACCACUGA